CCUCAGCUGGCCGACAAUGAUGUGCAGCAAUCACUCCCGUGAGGCGAUUCAAUUGUGAGGACCGUCACGAGGGCCUCAGAUUGCAAGCUUUUUACCCUGAUUCAGGGUAAAAUCAGGGCUUUUUUGGGGGGUGACCCUGAUGAGACAGUUUUUCUUAAGACAGAGGCCUGAAAUUUCAGGGUUUUUUAAGAGUGAACUCUGAUCGAUCAGCGUGCCUAGUGUAGUGUGGUCUGUUUUUCCAACGUCGUAUCGGAGCUGGACCCUGAUUCUUCUAACAGUGGAUUCCCAGCCCCAACUCCCCCACCCCAGAGGCGCUGGCAGCUAAGGCGGCGGCGGAGGACAUGCCGUUCUUCAAGAUCAUCGAUGAUGUCAUCAAGGAGCUGGCCGAGUUCCUUGGUCGUUUUGGACCGUCGCACCAGCACUUCCUCGACCUCCAAGACUUCUUCCUCUCGACCCGCUACGUCGACUGCGGCGAUGACUUCAACGGGGGCCCGAACGACCUGCUCACGGCCUUCCUCGCCCGUCACAGUCGUGGUGGUACGCGUAGCGUCACUGUUGAGGGCGUCGACUCCGAUGGGCGCCCGAGUCGAUUCAGCUUCGACCUGCAUGAGGAGCCAUUGGAUGGCUACCCGGGUGAGGGCAAGGACGACGAUUGUGUCGUGGCGUGCAUGGCGCUGGCCGAAGGCAUGGUGCAGAACUUGGACAAGCGGCUUGGGGACUUGAAGCAGCUGGGUGGUUCGAUGUUGUUCUGUGCGAACCAGUGGCCGAAGGGGUGGGAACGUGCUCCACGGAAGACCCAAUGUCUGGAGUGGUUCGGGAUGAUGGUCGACCUCUACCAUGCAGGGGAAGCCGAAGAAAUUCUUCCAGGCAUCAACAAGCGAGCGGCUGUGCUGGAGAUCCCCCAUUUCUGCCCCGUCCUUGCCGCCCUGCCAAAGGAUGACAAGGGUUUCUACACCGGCUUGACGACCAUGCUGAAGUCUCCAGACUGGGAGGAUAGCUUCCCCAAUCUCGUCAAGCUGUGGUGCGCUACGGCAGUUCUUCCCUUGAGCACAGUGGAAUGUGAACGAGGGUUUUCCCGCCAUAAUAUGAUUAAGAGCUGGCUGCGGGGCAGCAUGAAGGACUCACGCCUUGGAGACUUGAUGUGUAUGAGCCUGUUAGACUACGACCCGGACUGGGAUGCCAUCAUUGACAUCUGGAGAGCCUUCAAGAAGAGGAAGUCCUACAGCACUGCCCCACAGAGCAGAGCCUAGAAGAGCAGGAAGGGGAAAGAGAAGGAGGACGAUUCCCCUGUAGACCACGACAGCGUGUAGGCAGAGGAGGAUGCUUAAGUAGGUCCUAGUAUGCCCAUAUUAGAUUGUAAACCCUUGUCUUUAAAAAGAUAAUAAUAAUGGGCAUGUAGU